CUUUGUCCGUGGUGAGAUCUGUGGUGUUCUAAAAUAAUAAUAAAGCGACGCCCCGCCAGCUUUGUAUACUUACCCUACUACCGAGCACCUUGGAACCUUGAUUCAUUUAAACAUCUACUCGGUAAUUCCUUGUCCAUUCCCUGACGUGAUAAAAUUCUAGAGGACUGCUCUGGUGUAACCAAAAUGGGCCUACUUGUGCUCGCUACGGCCGCGGCGCUGGUGUCCUACCUGAUAAUACUAUCAAUAUAUCGUCUAACCCUGCACCCACUGGCCAAAUAUCCUGGUCCCAAAUUCGCCGCUAUCACCAACUGGUAUGCGGCACUUUACAUAUGGAGGGGCGAUAUGCAUAUAACGCAUCAGGCCUGGCAUGAGCAAUACGGAGACACCGUCCGAGCAGGCCCAAAUACUCUCUACUUCAAUAGCCCGUCCGCGAUGGCGGGUAUAUACUCGGUAGGAGCGAAUGUGCGAAAGCCCGAUGCCUGGGUGGCGUUUAGUCCCAGCCGUCGAAGUGGAAAUAUUCUGAGUACAGUGGAUAAGACAGUCCAUGCAUUCAAACGCCGGGCAAUUGGGCCGGUCUUCUCAGACCGCGGGCUGCAGCAGUUGGAGGGCAGGAUACUGGCGAAUGUCCAGCGCUUCACUGCGCGUCUGCAAGUGCCAGACGAGAUAGUACCGAAACCUGCACAGGAGGAUACGGAUUCCGAGAAGGGGAAGCAGGGUAAUGACGCCUGGGGCCCUAAGCAAGAUAUGGCGCUGCUCUGCGAACGGCUUGCCUUUGAUGUAAUCAGUGAUAUCGUAUAUGGAAAGCGUCUGGACAUGUUAGAGACACCGGGGAUGCGGUGGAUUACUGACGCGUACACGGCGAUGUCGCGGCGAAGUUCGAUGUCACUCACGCAGCCCAAGUUGUACGAGUGGAAACUCGACCAGAUCUUCCUUUCGGCUGCGUAUCGGGAUAUCAUCCGCACCGGGACCUACACGUAUAAUAGGGUUAAGGCUCGUGUGGCCCAAGGAAGAAAGGAAACAAACCGAGACCUGUUUGAUUCCUUGAUGGAGGCCCAGGAUCACAAGCGUGGUCUAGAAUACAGAACGAAGGACCUCUGGAUCGAGUCAAUGCUGCUACUCACUGCAGGUGCUGAUACCACAUCAACAACCAUGUCCGCCGCCAUAUUCUAUCUCCUACAUAAUCCAGCAGCCUUAGCCCGCGCCAUUUCCGAAGUCCGACAGACCUUUAAAACCGCAGACGAAAUCCAAAGGAUCACCCAGGUAAACGACUGCAAGUUCUUCCAGGCCUGUAUAAAUGAAGCCCUGCGACUAGCCCCCGCCGUACCUCUGGCCUCUCUCAGAGCUGUCGAAAAGGGCGGUUUGACGCUGGGUGGUGAACAUAUCCCGGAAGGCACUAUCGUGGGAACCUCACUGUACACCAUGCAGAGAAACCCGGCGUACUUCGACCAGCCUAACAGUUUCCGGCCCGAGCGGUGGUUCGUAGAUCCAGCUACGGGGGUGACGGAGGAGAGCGUCAACAUGACGCAUAAGGCAUUCGCACCUUUUGGCGUUGGGCCGCGGCAGUGCGUUGGGUGGAGGUUGGGCUGGUUGGAACUGAAUGUGACCCUUGCGCGGACGUUAUUUCUGUAUAAUCUGCGUCUGGCGCCUGGUGCGCCUUGCUGUUCUAGAAGGAUAUCCGGGGAGGAGUGUGAGUAUAGUACGAAGGCGUGGUCAGUUAUGGCUGGGGAGGGGCCUGUUGUUCAGUUCCGCAGGGCUGGCCCUGAGACUGCUUAUUGA